AUGGCACGUCGUCGCAAGAACAAUUCUCAGCACAAUUUCGGCAAUGAGAAGUCUGAAUUGCCUGGCUCGGGGUCACAGUCAGAGAAGUUGGAGCUCGCUGCGAACCAUUAUAGGGGUUCUUCGGUGGAUACGCAUAAGUCUGAGCUGUCGCCUGAUGGACAGGUUCUUGAGCUGGAGGAUCCGAACGGUGUUCAGCGCAAGGGUACUGGGUUGAGUGAGACGGGAGUUAAUACGCCGCACCCUGGGCGUUGA